AUGCUACCACACCGAGCCAAGCUAAGGUCGUCAAUAGUGGUCCUGGCAGCAGCAGCGCCUGUACCCAGAGGUGCCUCUGCGCAGACAUCCACUGUGACAUGCCUGCCCUCCUUUGGUUGGAUGAACAACACCCUCGGGCAGGACCCUUGCGUCGUUACUUCCUACCUCGAGAGUGUCUGUGGAGCUUUUACAGUUGGUCCUUUGCCUCCCAAUACCUAUUACGGACCUCCCUCGGCCGCUGGAGCAGACUCUUGCACAUGUAAUACAGUAACCUACUCGAUGAUGGCCGCUUGCAGCGAUUGUCAGAAUGCCACAUAUGUAUCAUAUCCGAUGGACAUUCCCACUGGUACCAAGGUUCCGAAUUGGGCGUAUCUGAACGUUGGUGCACGAUUACCUGUCCCAAUUAUUGUGUCCGGUGGAUUCGACCCUGUCGCAGCACAAAAUAACGGAGACCUCCCGGAAUCUACCGCAACCAAUGCACAAUCUACUAUCACAGUCACUUAUUCGACCACGUUCUCUGCUUCUUUGACCAGUUCUUCGACUACAUCUACAGGACUUUCUCCCACAUCAACAUCUAGUCCGACAAGUCCAAAUGUUGGAGUUAUAGCCGGAGGUGUUGGUGCAAUUUUGGGCGCAGCCAUCAUAGGCCUAGUGAUUUGGUUCUUUGUCAGACGCCGUCGCUCCUUCACAACGCCAUCAGCCGCUUUCAGCGACCCAGGCGGAGGUCCGGGCCACACUCAAAAAUUUUACUCCACUAGCGCUAAUGCAUUCCCAAUGGCACGGCAACCACGUUUCUACGACCCCUCUGACCCGGCCACUUUCCCAGGUCGUCCUCACUCCUUCGCCGACCCAGUUACCUCAUCUAGCAGUAUAAGCAAAAAUCCAUCGAUGCCCUCACCCGUCUUUCCCCGACAAUCGCGUCUUGGACAGUACGCUGGCGUUCCAGAACUCUAG